GGGGGCCCUGGCUGGGGGCGGAGGAGCCGAGGCCGCGGCCCGCCGGGGGCUCCGCCAUGUCCUGCUGCCCCUGCCCCCGCCCCCGCCCCUGCCGCCGCUGCCGCCGCCGCUGUCCGAGCGUCUGCUGCCGCCCUCGGGGCCUGGUUUCAAUGUGAACUGAAUUAGCAGAAAAAGUUCUUUGAAAAAUUAUUGACAAAGAAUCUACAUUUGAUUUCACUGUGACAGGAAGAAGAACCUUGCCAUCUGCUGUGCUAGGACGAGGAUCCUCCUCCUAACCUGGGCUUCCUGUCAUGGAUGAAGAGACACAGCACAGCCUUGAAUGCAUCCAGGCCAAUCAAAUCUUUCCCAGGAAGCAAUUGAUUCGAGAGGAUGAGAAUCUUCAGGUUCCUUUCCUGGAACUUCACGGUGAGAGCACAGAGUUCGUGGGCCGGGCUGAGGAUGCCGUCAUCGCACUGUCUAAUUACAGGCUGCACAUCAAGUUCACGGAGUCACUCGUUAAUGUUCCGUUACAGCUCAUAGAGAGUGUUGAAUGCCGAGAUAUAUUUCAACUUCAUUUGACUUGCAAAGACUGCAAAGUUAUCAGGUGUCAGUUCUCAACCUUUGAGCAGUGUCAAGAGUGGCUUAAGAGACUGAACAAUGCGAUCCGGCCUCCUUCGAAGAUAGAGGAUCUCUUCUCAUUUGCAUAUCAUGCUUGGUGCAUGGAGGUCUAUGCCAGUGAGAAGGAGCAGCAUGGGGACCUGUGCCGGCCAGGGGAGCACGUCACAGCAAGAUUUAAGAAUGAAGUUGAGCGGAUGGGCUUUGAUAUGAACAAUGCCUGGAGGAUCUCCAACAUCAAUGAGAAGCACAAGCUGUGUGGCAGCUACCCGCAGGAGCUGAUUGUGCCAGCCUGGAUUACCGACAAGGAGCUAGAGAGCGUGGCGAGCUUCAGGUCCUGGAAGCGCAUCCCUGCUGUAGUCUACAGGCACCAAAGUAAUGGGGCAGUCAUUGCCCGCUGUGGGCAGCCUGAGGUCAGCUGGUGGGGCUGGCGGAAUGCAGAUGACGAGCACCUUGUGCAGUCUGUGGCCAAAGCCUGUGCCUCUGACUCCAGAUCAAGUAGUGGCAAGAUACUGAAUGGAAAUUGCUCUAGGGAAUUUUCCAAUGGAGGUGACCUUUCGGAUGUGGAAUUUGAUUCUUCCCUGUCAAAUGCUUCUGGAGCAGAGAGCUUGGUUAUCCAGCCUCAGAAGCUUUUAAUCUUGGAUGCACGUUCCUAUGCGGCAGCCGUGGCAAACCGAGCCAAAGGGGGUGGCUGUGAAUGCCCAGAGUAUUAUCCCAACUGCGAAGUGGUGUUUAUGGGGAUGGCAAACAUUCAUUCAAUUCGGAAGAGCUUUCAGUCCCUACGGUUGCUGUGCACACAGAUGCCAGAUCCGGGAAAUUGGCUUUCUGCUCUCGAAAGUACCAAGUGGCUGCAGCACCUAUCGGUCCUGCUCAAGUCGGCCCUGUUGGUUGUCCAUGCCGUGGACCGCGAUCAGCGGCCAGUGUUGGUGCACUGCUCUGACGGCUGGGAUCGGACCCCCCAGAUCGUGGCACUGUCCAAGCUCCUUCUGGAUCCCUACUACCGGACCAUAGAGGGCUUCCAGGUGCUCGUGGAGAUGGAAUGGCUUGAUUUUGGCCAUAAGUUUGCCGAUCGCUGUGGCCAUGGGGAAAACUCGGAUGAUCUGAAUGAACGUUGUCCCGUGUUUCUACAGUGGCUGGACUGUGUCCACCAGCUCCAGAGGCAGUUCCCUUGCUCUUUUGAGUUCAAUGAAGCAUUCCUUGUCAAGUUGGUACAACACACCUAUUCUUGCCUCUUUGGAACAUUCCUGUGCAACAACGCGAAGGAGAGAGGAGAAAAACACACUCAGGAACGGACCUGCUCCGUCUGGUCUCUGCUUCGGGCAGCCAACAAGGCCUUCAAGAACCUGCUCUAUUCUUCUCAGUCAGAAACUGUGCUGUAUCCAGUGUGCCAUGUUCGAAACCUAAUGCUCUGGAGUGCCGUGUACCUCCCGUGUCCCUCCCCUUCCACACCUGCUGAUGAUACCUGUGCUCCAUACCCAGUCCCCGGUGCCAGUCCUGAAGAUCAGCCUCUGAGUAGGCUACCAAAGACACGAUCGUUUGACAACCUGAUAACAGCCUGCGACAGCAGUGUGCCCCCGACCAGCCGGCGCAGCAGCGACCCUAGCCUCAAUGAGAGGUGGCAAGAACAUCGGCGUUCCCUGGAGCUGAGUGGCCUGGGCAGCCCUGGGGAGGAGCCCUGUGAUGGGGACAGUUUGGGCAGACAGGCCAAGGCUUUGGGGGGAGCUGAACUCUCAGUUGCCGCUGGAGUGGCAGAAGGGCAGAUGGAAAACAUCCUGCAGGAGGCCACUAAAGAGGAUGGGGGGCUAGAGGAAGCCCCCCCAAGAAGCAACACUGAGGGGGUGGAGACCAAAGAGGAGGCUCUCCUGGAUAAGAAGAGCCAGUGGGAGGACAUGGAGCUUUAUAAGAAACCAGAGAUGGCCCUGGUGGCUCUGAUGACUUCUCCAGGAAGCAGCACACAUCAGCUGGUGGCAGGUUUCCCUGGGCACCCCAGUGAGCCUGGGGUUCUGCUGAGCCAUACCCAGGAGUCCCCUAAGGGGGACAGCCUGCAGGAGGGGUCUGGGAACAGCAGUGUGGAUACAGACAGCCAUCAGGCCCAACUGCACCCUGACAGUCCCUAUGGCACCUCCCUGCCCCUAGCAGUUCCACCCGCGGUAGAAAGCUCUGUGGAAACGUUAACAGAAGAGGAGGCCAAAGUAGACCAGCUCCCCCAAGGUCCCAGUCACAGACCUUGCCUCAUGGACAGUGGGGAUGAUGAGCUUUCUCGAGCUGAUGGGGAGCAUCUGGUAGACAGGGCCAGGGCGGGAUCAAAAGUACCCAGGACUUCACACAGCCCAUUGCCUUCUUCCUGUGCCUUGCCCUUAGCUGAAUGUAAAGAGGAAGUUGUCUGUAAUGGAGACCUGGAGAUGGAGAACAAGGCCACAGAGAACCCGGCGGGGCUGACGGUGCCCCAGAGAUACCCUGCCCCGAAUGGACACUGUCUGGAUGGAGAGCGCGGUAGGGUCAAAGGGCCCUGGAGCCGACGGGUGUCCACCGUGAGCAGCAGCUCCACCCAGCUCCUCCUGCGGAGCGUGCACCCCAAGUGGCUGCAGGGCCAGCCAGGCAGACAGCUGGCAGCCGGCAGCCCAGACCAGCCCACCCGCAGUCACCUGGACGAUGACGGUAUGCCCGUCUAUGCGGACGCCAUCCAGCAGCGCUUGCGCCAGAUUGAAACGGGCCACCAGCAGGAAGUGGAGACGCUGAAGAAGCAGGUGCAGGAGCUGAGAAGCCGCUUGGAGAGUCAGUACCUCAACAGUUCCCUGCGCUUCAAUGGGGACUUUGGAGAUGAAGUGACCUCGAUCCCCGACUCGGAGAGCAAUGUGGAUCAGAGCUGCUUGUCUUGCUGCAGCACAGAGAUUUUCUCUGAAGCCAGCUGGGAGCAGGUGGAUAAACAGGACACAGAGAUGACCCGCUGGCUCCCUGACCAUCUGGCCGCUCACUGCUAUGGCUGUGACAGUGCCUUCUGGCUUGCCAGCAGAAAGCACCAUUGCAGGAACUGUGGGAAUGUUUUCUGCUCCAGCUGCUGCAACCAGAAGGUGCCGGUUCCCAGCCAGCAGCUCUUUGAGCCCAGUCGAGUCUGCAAGUCUUGCUAUAACAGCCUGCACCCCACAAGCUCCAGCCUGGACCUUGAACUGGAGAAACCCAUCGCUGCCACUUCAAACUGAAGCUUCUGCCUAUCGGGCACGAGCGGGUCAGGGGCCAGGCCAGCUUCCCCCCCGGGUAGCCCCACACACACUGGGUACCCUGAGAACGUCCUGUGGCCCACGCACUUUGGAGUGGGGGGCGAGGAACCAUCUGCUCCAUGGGACAGAACUCUAGGGCAUCUUGUUGGGGUGGAGGAUCCCUCCCCUUUUCCCUGCCCCUCUCUGAUUUGUGUUUGGGCUUUGGUUUUGCUACAUAACUGGAGGUUGCAAAGGGGGUGAGGCCUAGGAUUAGGCUGGUGUUGCUCUUAGCUCCCCUACUGUUGGUCUGUACUGCCAAGUUGGCUUGGUUUGGAAUCAGGAGGCAGAGAAGGGGGAACCAGGAGCCCAGAUCAGAAGCAGUAUGCGGAGUACCCUUGCUGAUGCUUUCAAUCACUCCUCGUGCCACCAAACAAGGUAGUGCUGUUUGGGGAAACCUUUGCUGCUAGAAGAAACGGGGAGCUUUGGUCCCGAGAGCCCAUUGCACCUUCUCUGUUGUUAGCCUCCCUUUGCUGACGGGGAGCUCAGAGGCCAAUCUGCGUACUCGGGCAUCUCUCUGUUUGUAGGGUGCCUUCGUGGCCAAGGCCUGGCACUUGGCUGAGGAAAGUUCCAUUUUCACUCCUAAGCCUGCAGACACAGUCGGGAGGCCCAGCAGAUGAGCAGAUUUUUCCACUCUCCCCGUGUGGUUUGUUUGUACAUUGACCCAGAAUGUAGGGCCCUUCUCACUGACAGUGGCCAGCCUGCUCCCACACAAACGUACCAAAGGGCAGUGGCCAAGUCUGCAGCUUCCCAGUGCCCACCUCCUUCACAGCAAGGAGCCACUGCUGGGGCUGCCCAUUCACACACGGUCAUGGCCAACACAGGCAAAUCUGGACUCAGGGUUCCAAAAGGCCCCAGCUUACUUUCCUCUCCCCGCACCCCCCCACCCCAAAACAAUCAUGAUCUCCCCUCCAGGGUGAAAUCAGCCUCUGAACGUACAGGCCUCCAAGAAUGGAAACCAAACUUCCCAUUCCCCUUUUCCUUGUAGAAUGGGUUGGGCUUGACCUCAGCCGUCAGCAGAAAGAGGGGCCCUAUGUGGGACCUGGUGCCAUUUUGGGCUUCUCAGCAGCAGCAGCAAAAUCCAUUUGGCAGCCCUGCCCUUGUAUCACUAGGGAGACUGCCCAGGACUUGGACAGGAGGUUUUUGGGGAGAAGGGACACAGGAAGUAGGAAUAGAGAGGUGGAGAGAGGCCGAGGUUUGUGUGUGGUGGUUUGUCUUGGUGUCUGUGUUUUGCACCCACAGGCUCUCCCUCCCUCUGGGGAUGGAGAACCAUACUUUGUUGGACUCAAAGCUGUUAACAGGUAACAGGGUAGAAAUGUCUGGAGGAGCUGUGAGAUCAGAGGCUGUGCUGAGGGCCUGCGCCUCAUUGGGCAUCUGCCAGGCCCUUAUCCCAGAAAAUGCCCCGCAGCCCCAGCAGACUUCCCUGGGAGCCUGUCUGUGGCAGGCGCACCUCCAAGCUAGACUUGGGGAAGCCGGGGGUGCUCCUCCCCACGCAAGGGGCUGUGAGUGAGGCUGAGUCAGCCUGAAGGAAGUUCUCCAGAACUUCCGAUACGGGUUUCUUGGGUCUGAUGUACAGUGUGAAUAAAUGCUUGCAGCUCGUAGGCCCUCCCCCUUGUUUUUGAUCAAUGAAGCACUUUUUUAUUAAUAUUAUUUUUCUUUGUAUGUAAAGGAGGAACCGUAACUCUCCGUAGCUGUACAUAUCACCCUUCUCUCUUACAGAGGGGGCAGUGCUCCUCGAUUUUUCAUUUUUUGUCAAAGCAAGAAGUAAAUACUUUAGAAUUGUUAAAUAUAUAAAUAAAAGUGAAUAAAGUUUAGAGUUCCGCAUGGUA